AUGGACCAGUUAAUUGCAAGUAUUAAGAAGGCAGGAGAUAAUGGACCCGAGAUUGUCGCGAUACUUGAGAAACAUUCGGAUUUUUUGAUGAAGAACGUGUCAUCCCUCGAUCAGCACUUGGCGCGCUAUGAAACUGAGCAGUGGACAUGUCUUUAUGCGGCUGUCAUUCGGGCUAAGCUUAUGGCAGCUUCAUCCAUCGAACCAACUCAUUUAAUAGAAGCGCGAACAUUCUUCGAGGCCUCGGACUCAAAACGACUGAAUCUGGUUAAGCCUAUAGUACGUGCGAUUGGCAGAAUUCUAACAAAGAAGCUGAUAGCCCAGUCUAUUGCGAUAUCCGGGAUUCCUGUCUUAAUUGCUGCCAUUAAACGAAUACAAGACACCGCAAAUCACUUGACCUGCCUGCACGUGAACCUUUGCCAACUUGCACUUUCUGCAAAAUUCUUCAAUCCCCUUCUUCCGUUUUUGAACGCAGAUCUGCUCGAUGUAGAUAAUGAUAGGAAAGCAUAUUGCAUCAAAGAUGCCAUUUUGUAUUUUUAUUAUGGCGGUAUGAUAUAUGCAGCUUUAAAAAUGUGGGAUCGAAGUUUCAAAUUCUUCACCAUGGCCUGUUCGAUACCGACGCCGUCUUGCUCCUCAUUACUGUUAGCAGCUGCAAAAAAGCUUAUCAUUAUUUCUCUUAUUCAUAAAGGAGAGUUCAACGCAGCGGAGUUCCCUCUUCUCCGCAGAUGGAAAUAUUCUCUUGAGGCGUACAAAAAGUUGGAAGAAGCCUUUUCGGCAUCCAACUCAACCGCUCUUGGCGAAGUCAUCGAAAAGAAUUCGUCAACCUUUGGCGCGGAUCGUAACUACGGCCUCGUCAAACAACUAAUUGAUUGUCACGUCAAAUACAGGAUCCACAACUUAACCAAGACAUUCAUUUCGUUGUCGGUGAAGGAUUUAGCAGUCCGGGCACGUCUAGAUCUUCCCGAAACUGCCGAAAAGCAACUUCUCGAAAUGGCUGGUGCAAAGUCAAUAUUCGUGAAGAUCGAUCAAAGGAAUGGAUGUGUUCGUUUUCUUGACAAUCCCGAGAGAUACGAGUCUCCUGAAGUGUUGGACUCACUGGUACAAAAGCUGAAGGCUAUAAUGGAUUAUGAUAUGACGUUGAGGCGGAUAAUAUCCGAGGAGGCAUCGACUACUGCGCUAGGUGAACCAGGUCAACAAUCCUCAGGCCUUCCUGUGUUGUCCACCCCAGCCUGUAAAAGGAAACACCCGUCGGAGUGA